AGGUGAUGUCAUCACGUAUAACGUCAUUACGUUUAUUGGUACGUUGCGCGCGGGAGCUUUGAGUUUGACUUGAGAGAAACAAGAAGGCGGCAGGUUUUCAGACUCAGACCAUGGCUAUGAGGAGCGAGGUCAGGGUGGAGACAGAGGUAGAGGAGGAAGAAAACUUUGGGCCCCAGCCUCUGAGCAGACUGGAGCAAUGUGGAAUCAGUGGCAGUGACAUCAAGAAGCUGGGGGACGCAGGUUUCCACACCAUCGAGGCCGUGGCCUAUGCACCCAAAAAGGAGCUGCUCAACAUCAAAGGCAUCAGUGAGGCCAAAGCUGACAAAAUCCUAGCUGAAGCUGCCAAACUUGUGCCCAUGGGUUUCACCACAGCUACCGAGUUCCACCAGAGGAGAGCAGAGAUCAUCCAGAUCUCUACAGGCUCCAAGGAGCUCGACAAACUCCUGCAGGGUGGGAUCGAGACAGGCUCCAUCACAGAGUUGUUUGGAGAGUUUAGGACCGGGAAGACCCAGCUGUGCCACACGCUCGCUGUCACCUGUCAGCUGCCCAUUGAUCAGGGCGGGGGAGAAGGUAAAGCCAUGUACAUCGACACAGAGGGCACCUUCAGACCAGAGAGACUCCUCGCUGUGGCUGAGAGGUAUGGGCUGGUAGGCAGCGACGUUCUGGACAACGUGGCCUACGCCCGAGCCUUCAACACAGACCAUCAGACCCAGCUGCUGUACCAAGCCUCUGCCAUGAUGGCUGAGUCCAGGUACGCUCUGCUGAUAGUGGACAGUUCCACGGCUCUGUACAGAACCGACUACUCGGGCCGAGGGGAGCUGUCGGCCCGACAGGGCCACCUGGGACGCUUCCUCCGCAUGCUGCUCCGGCUGGCAGACGAGUUUGGCGUUGCCGUGGUGAUAUCCAACCAGGUGGUAGCCCAGGUGGAUGGGGCAGCCAUGUUUUCCGCAGAUCCCAAAAAACCAAUCGGAGGCAACAUUAUGGCUCACGCCUCCACCACACGUCUGUACCUGAGGAAAGGCCGAGGAGAGACGAGGAUCUGUAAAAUCUACGACUCGCCCUGCCUGCCCGAGGCUGAAGCCAUGUUUGCCAUUAACCCCGACGGAGUGGGUGAUGCCAAGGACUGAGCUGGCGGAGAGGCAGGAAGCAGCUGGGGGGGGGGGGGUUGCUGAAGGUUGCUGUCACACCUGCUGACUCAUUGGACUAAAUUGCCGUGUGUGUGAGCCCCGCCGAUACUACCGCCUUCAAACGAAGGUCGUGUGAUUUGGUUUGAUGCCGAUUGAGCCCGAGUCGAUAAGAUGAUCCAGGCUGCAGAUCUGGCCCUCUGGAGCUCAGCGGUUCAACCGCGAAGAUGGAACGUUUUCUUUCAGAACUGAAGCCCGUUUCACUCAACAGAGCAAGAAAACACGUUUUCCUACAAUUAUGACAUGGUAUCUCAUAAUUACAGGACCGGUUAUGCUAUUGUGAGAUGCUACUUUAUAAUUACAGGAUUGGCAUCUCAUCGUUAAGAGUUAGUAUGUCCAUAAUUACACAAAAACCUCGCGUGAGGUCUUUUUUUUUUUUUGUGUAGGAACAAGAUCCAUUAUCUCAUAAUUACAAAAAUGUAUAGUC